AUGGGUUCUACACAAUUUGGGAAUUUCAACGUGAGUCUGCCGACGGAAUUCGAUACGUCUACUCGUUGCGCGAAAGGGAAGUUAACCAAUGGGGAUCUUCGCGAACAGGACUUUUGCAGAGAUUCGACCUUGCCAGUUUGCAAUCUCUUUGUCGCCCACAACCAACCCCCUAAUGAAGCCUACGACGGCUGUGCCCUCACCGGUAUCGACCUGGGCAAUCAUCGAUAUCUCAGCAACUUAGGAUCGAUAUUACUGGCAUUCAUAUCCAUCUUAGUAUCGCUCUUUCUAUUAUGGCGAUCGGAACGGAAACAGGCCGCGGUUGGGCGAAGGGAAAUGCAAUUGUUCCUUCUUGGCUUCAUUAUCGUCGAGAUCUGCGAGAUCUUCACCGUGGGCGGCUUCCCUCUUGACAGCGCGGUGCUGAAGGGGUUUACGGCAGUUCAUAUCGCUGCGAUCACCGCGACAUGCUGGAUCCUCUUCUUGAACGCUCUUGUCGGGUUUCAGUUCCUUGACGACGGUACUCCUGUUUCGCUCGGUCUCUGUGUUGCUUCUGCCCUGGUGUUCUUCAUCGGUACCGGUUAUAUCGCCCUAGAUACUGCUUUCGACUGGACCGGAGAGUUCGCGACAAACCCAUCUAAUCACUAUCGAAAUAUCGCCCUCUACGUACUGUACCAGCUCUUCCCCCUCGUCCUCCUCGUGGCAUUCUUCGUUCUGGAAGCUGUCUUGGUGAUCCGGGUCCUGGGCGAGUUCCGACCAAUGUUGUAUCUGUCCGCCGCGGGUCUGUUGUUCGCCAUUGGCCAAAUAUUCAACUACGUGAUCAGCACCCAUCUCUGCCAGGCGUCGCACGGGAAAAUCAACGGCGCCUUAUUCGAGACAUUGUUCACCCUCUUGUCGGUCGUUACGGUCUGGAUAUUCUGGAGCAGUAUAACGGAAGAUGACUGGCCGAUGCCGAUGGCUGUAGGCAGCGGCUACAACUAA